AUGGAAAGUGAUGACAGCCUGUGCCGCGCAAUCAGCAGCACACAUGACGACAGCCCGUCCCUCGAAGUCAAGGGCAUACGUAUUGGCAAUCGGACCUUAAUGCCUCUGAAGCCCGGUGCAAAUGGCGAAUAUAGAGAUGUGACAACAGGAGUUGGUGUAUGCUCCACGUAUGGAACAUCAAUUGAAGGCAAUACUUUCUAUCCCGGCUUAACGCAGACGAGUAAUUCUGGAUCUGAGCCAGACUUCUUUUGGACAGAUGGGACAGAAGUGGCAUCCCAAUUCAACGUUCCUCACAAUACAAAAGGAGUUCUCUGUUCAAGCCAGGGGAGGUAUGAGUUCCAACUUUGGACUCUGCAGUUUAAGCCUGUUGGUAUCAUGAGAGUAACGAACUCGGAAUCGAAGGAGCAGACCGAACUGGUCCAAAAUGCAUUGCUGAAGAUCGGCGAUACCGAACAGAGGAAGCAAUUGAUUCAAGCCUUGGAAUCCCAAACAGUGACACGCCCGCAGAAGGCCAUCCUUGAGGUAAAGUACAAAGAUGACAUGGUACACAACGUCUAA